CUCUUGGACAAAAAGUUCCGUUUAAACCCUAGGAAGUAGGAACCAGGGUUUAUGCUCUCGCGCCAGAGGCUUCCAUUCCCCGAUUAACCCAUGACUUCAAUUUCCAUCAUCUGAAUUCAUUUCAAAUCCAUUCAGACAUCUUAUACAUGGCUGCAUCUAAAUUAUCUUCCACCGUAGCAGUUGCUGCGGCUGCGGCUGCGGCUGUUGCUUCCUUGUCCUCGUUUUCCGACCGGACCUACGCAGACGGGUCUUUUCGUUUCAAUCCCUUCUCUUCCUCAUCUUCGUCUUCAAGUUCUUCUCAUUCUUCUUCGCAGAGGCAAGCGGACCACUCAUCAAAUGAGAAAGCCGAAGCCGACGAGCCUAGGGGGGCGGGUUUCGAUCCCGAAGCGUUGGAAAGAGGCGCUAAAGCUCUUCGCGAAAUCAACAGCUCUCCUUAUGCCAAACAGGUUUUUGAUGUAAUGAGGAAGCAGGAACAAACUCGCCUAGCAGAAUUGGAUGCUGAGAAAGCUCAUCACGAAGCUAUUCAAGCUCAAAUUGAUAUCGACAGGCAACGUAAAUUGGCUGAAGAACAACGAAACCUAGUGCAACAACAAGCACAGGCAAAGGCUCAAAUGCUGCGGUAUGAAGACGAACUGGCUAGAAAAAGGAUGCAGACAGAUCAUGAAGCUCAGAGGCGACAUAAUGUUGAAUUGGUUAAGAUGCAAGAGGAGUCUUCCAUACGAAAGGAGCAGGCAAGACGGGCUACUGAGGAGCAGAUCCAAGCUCAACAGCGCCAGACUGAGAAAGAGAGAGCUGAAAUAGAAAGGGAAACAAUAAGAGUUAAAGCCAUGGCUGAGGCUGAAGGCCGGGCCCAUGAGGCAAAAUUGACCGAGGAUCAUAAAAGGAGAAUGUUAGUUGAACGGAUAAAUGGUGAAAGAGAAAAAUGGCUUGCAGCUAUUAAUACUACUUUUAGUCACAUUGAAGGUGGGUUUAGGACUUUACUAACUGAUAGAAAUAAGUUGAUUAUGACUGUUGGAGGAGCUACUGCACUAGCUGCUGGAGUUUACACAACCAGAGAAGGUGCCAGAGUUACAUGGGGUUAUAUCAACCGUAUACUGGGGCAACCAUCACUGAUCCGAGAAUCAUCAAUUGCUAGAUUUCCAUUUUCUGGGGUCUUAUCGUUUGCAAGGAACAGUGCUUCCAAAUAUAGCACAACAGCAGGGACAGCAGUGCCUUCGGAAAGUAAGGGUGGUUUCAAAAAUAUUGUUCUUCAUCCUUCCUUGCAAAGGAGAAUAGAGCACCUUGCUAGGGCUACAGCCAACACUAAAACUCACCAGGCUCCAUUUCGCAACAUGAUGUUUUAUGGACCUCCUGGUACCGGUAAAACCAUGGUUGCAAGGGAGAUAGCUCGAAAAUCGGGUUUAGAUUAUGCUAUGAUGACAGGAGGUGAUGUUGCCCCAUUAGGUGCACAGGCUGUAACAAAGAUACAUGAAAUUUUUGAUUGGGCUAAGAAGUCUCGGAAGGGCCUGCUGCUUUUUAUUGAUGAGGCCGAUGCAUUCCUGAGCGAGCGGAAUAGUACACAUAUGAGUGAAGCUCAACGAAGUGCUUUAAAUGCUUUGCUCUUUCGAACUGGGGAUCAAUCAAGAGACAUAGUUCUUGUCCUUGCCACAAACAGACCAGGUGACCUGGACAGUGCCGUCACCGACCGUAUUGAUGAAGUGAUUGAGUUCCCACUCCCUGGAGAGGAGGAACGCUUCAAAUUGUUGAAUCUUUACUUGAGCAAGUACCUCUCUCAUGAAGGUGAAAAUGAGUCGAGUUGGGGCUCUUUUUUCAAGAAGCAGCCACAAAAGAUAACCAUUAAAGAUAUAACUGAAGAUGUGGUUCGAGAGGCUGCUAGGAAGACGGAAGGAUUCUCUGGCCGUGAGAUAGCAAAACUCAUGGCCAGCGUCCAAGCCGCUGUCUAUGGGCGGCCUGACUGUGUAUUAGAUUCUCAGCUAUUCAGGGAGAUUGUAGAUUUUAAGGUUGCAGAGCACCAUCAGCGAAUAAAACUGGCGGCAGAAGGAAGUCAAACUGCUUAGCUGGGGGAUAUGUUCUUGAGGAUUUACAUACAAGAUCUGUUCCUAAUCAAAGUUGGAAUUUUGUUCUUCCAUAUUUUUGAAUAUUGGACGUGUUUAUUUCUAUUCAUGAAAGAGAUAAGAGGCCACCUUAGUUCCCUGGUUA